CUGCGUCAGCUAGCCGUCAUUCAUGGUGCUAUACUGCGUGCUCUUGACAGCGCAAUCGGCCUGUGAAAAAUUCCAACGAUAUUAUUUUGUUACAAAGAUAAUUUCACAACGUCUAAAACAAGUGUAUUGGGAACAUAAUAUAAAAUGCAGCAAUUAACCAUAUUCAUGGACAUAGAGAGUUCUCGGUCAUACAUCGACGAGUUGUACUCCACUGAAGGCGGGAAGAUCGUGGAAGCGCUGGUGACGUUGAAGAACACAGUGAUCGGGAGUAAUCGGCAGAAGAGUUCUGUGAUCCAACAAGGGAUCGUGCCGCGCUUGCUGCAGCUCAUGGCGGAUGAGUCCCUGGAUCCAAAUAUACGAGUUGAGGCUACAAUCACUAUCGGUUCUCUAGCAAAAGGCACAGCAGAAAACGUAGCAGCAUUAGUCGAGCAAGGCACAGCAACAGUACUGGUGGAGUUACUGAAAACUGUCCCUGUGGAGUCGAAGCUUGCGGAGGCAGUGCUAUGUGCCCUCAGAAGUGUGUUCCUUUACCCACCUGCGCCUGUGGCAGCCCUGCCAGCAGAUAUGAUGCUUUUGACAAGGUUGACACAGAUAGCCCGCGAGGGUUCAGACCUCGCUCGCGGCUGUGUGGUCCGCGUGCUCUCUCUCUGGUGCAUGGGCACCGCGGAGCAGGAAGCCCUGUGCGCCGCGGGUGCGUGCAGCGCCGCGGCCGCCUUGUUACACUCCGCGCCACCUAGAGCGUUACCGGCACUUGAUCUACUUGCUGCUAUGUGCUUUGAGAACGCCAGUGUUUCACAGCAAGCCAUGAACACUAGGUAUAACGACCGAGCAAUACCAGAGCUCCUCACAUACCUAGUAUCCAGAGACAAGCCUUUACCGGUGGCCAUGGGCGCCGCCCGCUGUCUCACCUACAUGCACAGGGCGGGCGCGCUCACCGCCGACGACAGCAGAGUUGUGUUCGGAGCAUUGCCCUGUCUCGCGCGUCUCUGCACAAAGGAAAUGCCGGAGGAGAUCAGGGCCACGGCGGCGGAAACAUUAGCAUAUCUAGCAGAAGUAGACACAUCAUUACAAAGGCUAGCAGCCAUAUCCAACCACCUAAUGAGCUCUCUAGCGGACAUCGUCAACUGUAACAGCGCUGCGGCCAAACAGGGCGCAUUUAAAUGCUUCGCUUCCCUCGGUGCAAAUGACGAAGAUAUUAGGAAAAGGAUUAUUGAGACGCACGGGCUCAUGGUACAUGUGGUCAAUGGGAUGAACAACCCAGAACCUGCAGUGCGGCUAGCGGCAGUAAGAUGCUUACACUCACUCUCAAGAUCUGUUCAGCAACUACGGACAACAUUUCAAGACCAUGCAGUGUGGAGACCUCUAAUGCAACUAUUGAGUGACUCGCCCGGCACUGAACUCCUGACCGUCGGCUCGUCCACUCUCUGCAAUUUACUGUUAGAAUUCUCACCUGCCAAGGAGCCCAUGUUGGAUCAAGGUGCUGUAGAAAUGUUAUGCAACUUAACGAAAAGGCCAGAGGCUGCUUUAAGACUGAAUGGUAUUUGGGCAUUAAUGAAUAUGGCUUUUCAGGCUGAGCAAAAAGUGAAGCAACGCAUCUUAUCCUGCCUCGGCACCGAACAAAUGUUCAGACUAUUGAGCGAUGCGGACACACGGGUUAUAAUGAAGACGCUGGGCUUGCUACGGAAUUUACUCUCCACGCGGCAACAUAUUGAUGCUAUUAUGAGCGAGUAUUCCUCGCAGGUUAUGCAGGCGGUAAUAGUAGUACUGGAAGGUUCGUACCCCGCCGAAGUGAAGGAGCAAGCGUUGUGCAUACUUGGAAACAUCGGCGACGGGGAGAAAGCUAAAGACCUUAUUAUGGCCAACGAAGAUGUGCUGAGGAAACUCGUUGAUUACCUGGCGCACCCCGAGAGCAAGCUCCAAGAGGCGGCGCUGUUCGUGGCCGGCAACCUGGUGUGGCGCGGCGAGGCGGGCGCGGCGGCGCGGCAGGCGCGGCUCGCCUCGCUCGGCGUGCUGCGCGCGCUGCAGCUGCUGCGCCAGCGCCGCGACCACCAGCUGCACGACAAGUCAGCGGGCGCGGCGGCGCGGCAGGCGCGGCUCGCCUCGCUCGGCGUGCUGCGCGCGCUGCAGCUGCUGCGCCAGCGCCGCGACCACCAGCUGCACGACAAGUCAGCGGGCGCGGCGGCGCGGCAGGCGCGGCUCGCCUCGCUCGGCGUGCUGCGCGCGCUGCAGCUGCUGCGCCAGCGCCGCGACCACCAGCUGCACGACAAGUCAGCGGGCGCGGCGGCGCGGCAGGCGCGGCUCGCCUCGCUCGGCGUGCUGCGCGCGCUGCAGCUGCUGCGCCAGCGCCGCGACCACCAGCUGCACGACAAGUCAGCGGGCGCGGCGGCGCGGCAGGCGCGGCUCGCCUCGCUCGGCGUGCUGCGCGCGCUGCAGCUGCUGCGCCAGCGCCGCGACCACCAGCUGCACGACAAGUCAGCGGGCGCGGCGGCGCGGCAGGCGCGGCUCGCCUCGCUCGGCGUGCUGCGCGCGCUGCAGCUGCUGCGCCAGCGCCGCGACCACCAGCUGCACGACAAGUCAGUACACAGCACUAUACAGCACUAG